UUAGAAAUAAGAAUGCCACACUGAUCAUAUUCGAUUAUACACACGUCUAUCAUUUCUAAAUUUAGCAUGACAUGUUUAUUGCAUGCAAAUGCACCGAUCUGGUUAGCCAAACAGGUAGUUCUACCACAUUCAAAUUUAUUGCUGCGUUUGUAUUUGAUUUUAUUGUUUGACUUUAAGAUCGUUGUUUCAACAUAAUCUGAUAACUUUGUGUUCAACUUUAGAAGCAUUUGUAAAAAGCUUGUGAGGUUGCUUAUAAAAGGUUGCAGAGUAGAAUAGAGAUACAAGUAAAUCCAUCUACAAGAAUGGGAGUAAGCUGUGCAUUGAACUGGGGGUUUGUGUUGAUAUACGCGCUUCUUAUAUCCGUUUUAUUGUGUCAAAGCGUCUCAAGCCUUCGCUGUUACUCGUGCUUUGCAACUGGCGGCAAAAACAGAUGCGAAGACUACAACACGUAUAAGACCGCAAUGAGCGGCAAGGGAGACCCGGAAAUGAAGAAGAAUUGUACGGAUCCAUUUGAUAAAAUAUGCAUCAUAGAAACAUUUGCAGUUCUGGGAGCAACAGUAUCUCACAUUAGAGACUGCAGUAAUGACGCAAAUUUUUCCUUCUCGUCGAAUCUACAGAAUAUAAGGGGUGCAUACUAUCGUCUCUACAACCUUGACCCCACCAAGAACGAGACGGCAUGUGAAUGGGACGGUCAACACCUCGUAUGCCUCACGAAAUGUGUCAGUGACUUUUGUAACGGCCCGAUUCUGGCUGAAGUUAACAAAGCUUGUGCUGCGCAGGCGAUAACAAUGAUCACACUUAUGUCUUUUAUUUGCUUUGCAUUUUCGUGGCGUUAGCUUGAUUCGUAUUUCAUUGCGUUGUAAAAAGUAUACGUGGCUAAAAUAUCACUGCGAAUAAUCAAAUAGUCUCAAACGAAAAAAAAUCUCAAAUUGAUACAUCGGCUAAUAGUAUUUUUAACAAAUUGGUUAUUUGCACAUUAAUUUAACAUGCUUAGGGCACGUGAAAUUAAUAAGUAAUACAGAUUUUCGUCGGAUAUGCAGCAAAUGGAAAUCGUAAACUGAAAUUACACUAUUUGCUUUGAAAUAGCGCCCCCAGUGUCCACUGUGCCAUCCACCAUUUUUUUCGUCGAAGAGUAGUUGUUAUAUUAUGACGCAGAUUGUCUCUGUGAAAAAGGUUUAUAGUACGAUGAGAAUAUUAUUUUUUUUUUAAUGAUCGACCUGUCAUUAUUGCCUUUUUUUUAAAUUAAUCUGUAUUUUGUUGAUUUUUUUGCUAAGCGGCCUAUGCUUCUGACUAUGAAAUGGCGCCCAAAUGAUUUCCGAGUAUGAACAAAUAGGCAAUAAGAUUGGUGGUAUUGAGCAAGAAGCGAAUUACUUAGUUCAAAUAUUACUUAUCCUUUAAACUACUCUUCUUUUUUAAUGCAUAUUAGUGAAAUUAGCGAAAUGUUUUCUACAUGUAUUGUUUUGCUAUCUGAUUUAAAUGUAAUGCUAUGAUGUUAAUGUUUCCUAGCAAUAUAAUGUUUUGCGAAUUACUCGGGGACAAUUCUGAGGUUAUGAGCUCCAUUGAAUCGGUUGAAAACCUCUAUGCUUUGCUAUGACGGUUCAAAGGCGUUGACGUUAGUUUUAUUCAUGUAUGUGUCUCGUUUCGUGAGUGUGUGUGUGUGCGUGUUUGAUGCUUUUGUUCUUCUGUAAACUGUUUUCCAUUCGGCCACUUAAUACAGGAUUUCCGAUGUGUCUUAAGCUCUCUGGAGCCGAUGUUUCAGUUUGUUUAUAUUUGAUUGCGUACCUGUUAAAAGCUUAACAAAUAAAAGUUCGUGUUGUG